AGCGAGGCCGGCACCGAGACUGGAAGCAAAAGUCAAGACCGUGGAAGGAAAGGCUGCCGGGUGGACCGCGGGCGCGGGCAAAACCCGUGAACGCCAACUGCCACAGCGCGACGGUGGAGGCCAACCCCGACACCAAAUCGGGAGGGGCGCGGGACCCAUGCCCAUCACGGGCAGCGAGGUAUGCCUUUGUGCACAGUGUCACCUCUCCAGGCCCCGCGACAGCUCCAGACACUGCACUGCAGCGUCAAUGACUAAGACUGUUCACUUCCCCUCAGAGGAUGGCGCAGCAUCGACGGAGACGUCUCCGUCCGGUCUGGGGCUCGGAGGCUGGAGUCCUGCGGCUUCUUCUCCGCGACCCCCGUUUCCGCUGCAUAAGAUGCACCGCCCUCAGCACACGCGCCGCCCCGGUGUUGCCCACCAGUGCGGGGCGCGGCUCCCCGGUCAAGGUGCGUGGACGGAACGUGGCUCGCGCACCACCCGCGGUCCCGCGAGACUUCUAAGGUCGGGGCGCUUCCGCAAAGAUGGCGGCGGCGGCCGGGAGGCGGCUGGCGGCCUGGGGCGGGAGCGUGCGGCGCGGCUUCGCCGCCGGCCGGCGGGCUGUAGUGCGGCCCGGCCCCAUGGCGGCGGCGGUGGCCGCAGUGGCGCUGGGAGGCAGCGGACUGGCCUGGUACCACGGCCGCGUGAGCGUCGCGGUCCCCGCGGGGAGCCUCACAGUCUUCGCCAAGAAAAAUGUUGACUGUGAAGAGACUAUCAGGAAGUCAUCUCUUCGUAAACAGCGUUUCAUGCAGUUUUCUUCACUGGAACAUGAAGGAGAAUAUUACAUGACACCACGAGAUUUCCUAUUUUCAGUAAUGUUUGAACAAGUAGAACGUAAAACUUUAGUUAAGAAGAUGACACAAAAGGAGCUUGAUGAUAUACUGGCUGGAAUCCAAAGAGCUAAUCAUGGGUCCUCCUUUUUCAGAGACCUUGGUGAUAAAGGGAUAAUUUCAUAUACUGAGUAUCUUUUUCUGCUUACAAUCCUCACUAAACCCCAUUCUGGUUUUCAUGUUGCUUUUAAAAUGCUGGAUGCAGAUGGUGAUGAGAUGGUUGAGAAAAAGGAAUUUUUUAAGCUGCAGAAGAUCUUAAGUAAGCAAGAUGACAUAAAGACAAGAACUGAACUGGAAUGUGAGGAAUCAACAAUUAAAGAACCUAAAAUUAAUACAACUCUUCAGUUGCGUUUUUUUGGGGAAAAAGGAAAAAGAAAACUUCAUUAUCGAGAAUUUCGAAGGUUUAUGGAAAGUUUACAAGUAGAGGUUCAAGAAAUGGAAUUCCUGCAGUUUUCUAAAGGUUUGAGUUUUAUGAGAAAAGAAGACUUUGCAGAGUGGCUGCUUUUUUUCACCAACACUGAAAACAAAGAUAUCUAUUGGAAAAAUGUAAGAGAAAAGUUGUCAGCAGCAGAGAGCAUUAGUCUGGAUGAGUUCAAGUCAUUUUGCAAUUUUACAACCCAUUUGGAGGAUUUCGCCAUUGCCAUGCAGAUGUUUAGUUUAGCUCAUCGCCCUGUCAGACUAGCUGAGUUUAAAAGAGCUGUGAAAGUAGCCACAGGGCAGGAGCUCUCAAACAAUAUUUUGGACACUGUUUUCAAGAUCUUUGACUUGGAUGGUGAUGAAUGCCUUAGUCACGAAGAAUUCCUUGGGGUGUUAAAAAAUAGGAUGCAUCGUGGUUUAUGGGUGCCACAACAAGGAAGCGCACAAGAAUACUGGAAAUGCGUGAGAAGAGAAAGUAUUAAAGGGGUGAAAGAAGUCUGGAGACAAGCUGGACAAGGUCUUUAGAAAGGGAUAGUGUGGGAAUUCUAUCGAUGAAAGUGCCGAAAUCUGUUUUUUUCAUAACCAGAUUAUUCUCUAAAUCUUUAUUGACUUCCUUUAUAAUAUAAACAAAAUCUUGUGUUUGCUUUCUUAUUCAGGAAUUUUAGUAGGAUUUCUGAAAACAGAUAAUAGAUUCUGUUAGAAGGCCUAGAAAUAAAGUAACACUUUGUACUUUGAUAAGGUUGGAAACCUGGGUUCCAGGGCAGGGAGAGAGGAGGCGGGGGCUGGACGGAAUUAAUAUUUGGCAAUACUAGGGACUGGCUACACCCUGUGCAGUGCUGGGUCCAUGCAGUGCCCAGGAUCAAACCCAGGAUCCCCACCUGCUCCAGCCCACUGAGUCAUCUCCCUGACCCCUUACUAACUUUUUUAACAUAGUGGCACAAUAUGUUCUCUGCAAGGGUAAACUGUACUGAUGAAAAAGUAAUUGAUAUGCAAGGCCAGUAUCUAUUCCACAAGUCUCUAUGCUCCCAAUAGAACCAGUUACAUUUUUUUAAUUUCAGGUUUUUUCAAUAUGUAUCUUUUACCUCAUAAACUUCUAUGUUUUAUUUCAACUAAUUAAAUGUCUUUCAAGUAAUAAGGUUAUUUCUUUAUUUCCUCACUAAUAACUGAAUGCUUGAAUAACAAAUGGUAGGUGCCUUAUUCCAGUUUCUUAAGUAUUUUGUGCUGAUUGGAAAAUAUAAAUCAUUAUAAUUUAUUGUUUUAGAAGUACUUUUUUUUUCAUUCAUUGCAAAACCAAACCAAGAGAAAGGGGUAAAUGCAAAAAGCAUCAUCCACCAUUUCUUCUUUUUUCCAAAGAAAUAUUACCUAACUUUCCUCACAUGUCUGUCUGGAUACCCCUUAUGUACAAAGUCUGGAUAUUAGAAUUAUUUCUUGUCUUCUCAGGCUCACCCUAACUUUUUCCAGCUCUAUCUGGCACCGAUGCACUUGAUCCGCUUUCUCAUCUGACCAUUCUCAUUUUCCAUUUUCCCACUAUGCACCAUGUACUUUUCUUAUUUCCCUACACUUCCCCCUGUACCCCAUGUCCUCAUAUACAGUUGCUUCUCCUGACCCAAGAUACUUCCCCCUGUACCCCAUGUCCUCAUAUACAGUUGCUUCUCCUGACCCAAGAUACUUCCCUCCUGUCUUCCAAAUUUUUAGACAGCGCGUGCCUGUUUGCGUAAAAAGUUUCUCUCCUAAACUGUCAAAUCAGGAAUAGGAACAGUGCUUUAGUCAUCUAUCUAGGUGAGUUCCCAGGCUUAUAAAAAGCAUCUAACAAAAACUUGUUUAAAUAAAAGGAAAGAAAAAGGGAAGAGGAGAAGAAAGAAAAGUAAGGGAGAGGUAGGUGGAGGAUAAUGGGAGGAAAGUGAGAAGUCAGCCAAUAUUCCAGGUACCUGCUAAGUACUGAGUGCUCAUGGCGAAUUCAAACAGGUGGUUCCUUCUCCCAUGGAGUAUUUAGUUUAAAGGAGAAAACUGAAAACUAGUCAUAAAUCGUGUUCAAUAUCUAAUACAUAUGAAGGUUUUUUUUUAAGCAGAGAAAUGUUAGAGAACAGAAGAGUUGACCUUCUUAACACAAAAGCAACCAAGGGGAUUGAGGAUACAGUUUUCAAGUUGUCAGAGCCCAAAGGAUAUGUUCUACAAUUUCAAAAAUGCAUAGAAUGAAUAAUUUGUGUUUGUCAAUAAGAUGUGAUUUCUACAAAGUAGUCUAAUCUCCCUUUGAAAGUGUGUGGAUGAGCAUUUGUAUUAAAUAAGACAACUAGAUUUGCCAGUGUCUCCUUUCACUACUGUGAAGUAAGCAGGCAGACAUCUGCCUAAUGAAAAGUCAAUCUUAAAUUAUUUGUUCCAUUACUGAAUUUUAUUAAAUAAACCAUUGAAUCUCCUAA